CACCAAUCUCUUGUCUUAACAGGUAGCCAAACAUGGGUGCCUACAAGUACAUCCAGGAGCUAUGGAGGAAAAAGCAGUCAGAUGUGAUGCGUUUCCUCCUUCGUGUGCGCUGCUGGCAGUACCGCCAGCUGUCUGCUCUGCAUCGCGCUCCCCGGCCAACCAGGCCAGACAAAGCUCGCAGGCUGGGAUAUAAGGCCAAGCAAGGUUAUGUUAUCUACCGUGUCCGUGUUCGUCGUGGUGGUCGUAAGCGCCCUGUCCCAAAAGGUGCAACCUAUGGGAAGCCUGUGCAUCACGGUGUCAACCAGCUCAAGUUUGCCCGCAGUCUUCAGUCUGUAGCAGAGGAGCGUGCUGGCCGUCACUGUGGAGCUCUGAGAGUCCUGAACUCCUAUUGGGUGGGUGAGGAUUCCACUUACAAGUUUUUCGAGGUGAUCCUGAUCGAUCCCUUCCACAAGGCCAUCCGCCGCAACCCCGAUACCCAGUGGAUCACCAAGCCCGUUCACAAGCACAGAGAGAUGCGUGGCCUGACGUCAGCUGGGAGGAAGAGCCGAGGCCUUGGCAAGGGCCACAAAUUCCACCACACCAUUGGUGGCUCACGUCGUGCUGCCUGGAGAAGGCGCAAUACCCUGCAGCUGCACCGCUACCGCUAAUUCUUGUAAACACAGCAGUCUAAUAAAGCUGACGUGGGUUGUUGAAUUGAACCAAUGCUUCUGCUCCUUCUUGCUUUAUGUGGAGAAGGGUGGAAUUCUCCAGAAAUUUGCUUGCUUUUAUAUAUUGAAAGUUUUUUUUUGAAAACGUAAUUUGGUAUUUGUGAGGAUUCUAGACCACAAACCUAGAAUGUGGUGGGUUUUGCUUUUGAUAAGACUGAAAAGAUAGCUGCAGUGAGUUGAAAUCCUGAUGGCUUGGUCCACAUCCCUGUUUUGGUGGCUUGAGUGUAUUCUUCACUGUCCCUUGAGUGUAUUCACACUGUCACUGUGUCCUGUGUUAAAACUGAAGGCCCGCUUUGAUUGUGUGCAAUGAGAUGUUAACUUGAAGUGCUGGUUUAUUUUUUUUAUAGAUGAUUAAAUACUAAUGACAAUUA